AUGUCCAGGUUUCAGGAGCAUCUGCCGUCGACGGCCGACGAUGAGAAGCUUGCGAGAAAGCUACAGACCGAAUGGGAGGACGAAGAACAACGUCGAGCGGGCCCUGUUCACGAAAUAGCCAAUGCCGCAGGGCGAGGGCCGUCAGCGCCUUCAGCGGCUGAAGAUGAGGAACUUGCACGGAGGCUUCAGGCGGAGUGGGAUCAUCGGAGCCAGGAAGAAAACCGAGCAACCGCCCCAGUUCGGCCACAGCCCAAGCAGGUUUCGUUUGCUGCAGCACCCCAACAAGAAGCCCAACAAAUGUCAGGCGCACUUCCAGACCUUCAGUACUCGCGGAACCCGACACGGGUCACGGCAUACAUGAUCCCUUUGCCUCAACCGCUCAAAAACGGAGUCCUCCAGAAUGUUCCACAGCGAUAUAUGCUGUAUACGCCGCCGGCGCCAGACCUGCUGAAGCCGACCGUUAAGAACAUCAAGGAGCGCAAGCGAGACAAAGCCGUGCGCCGGUGGCAGCAGGAGGUCAGGAAAGCAAAGACGUACAACGGCAGGGUUGUGUCCCUGGGCGGGAUCCAGAGCGUGUCCAUCCGGGGGGCCGUCUGGGUCCUGAGCAUCAUUAAGCCCUCAGACGUGACCUUCCUCUCGCGCGUGCCGCGCAAGUCCGUCAAGAGCCUCGUCCUGAUCCACCCUGAGGGCCCGUCCACGCGAUCCACAGACGACAUGUUCCACAACGUCAAGGGCGAGCUGAGCCGGACCAAGAGCAGGACCAAGCGGGACUUCUGGAUCGGAACGGCGCUGCUGCCCAUCACCUUUACCAUCGAUCUUAUCAUCCCCGUCUUUGGUGGGCUCAGCGAGGUCAACAUGGUGUGGAUGGCGGUCAACGCCAGCGCCUGGAUGACGGCGAACAAGAUCGUGAACAAGUUGAGACCUGCCCAGGGGGACUUUCCCGCCCACCAGGAACACGACGGCGCAAUGAUGCUCCGCAGGUCACACACCGUCGACGGAAGCACUGGCACUGGCCAGACACGAGGAGGUAAUGAUGGGCACGAGACGAAUGAAAAGGGAGGAGGAGGAGCCAAGCAUAAAGAUGGAGACAAGGACAAGACGAUACAGAUGGUAUUCCAGCCAAGCCCGGCCAUGGACCUGAUGAGGCGCUACGUCGAGGAGGCCUGCCACAAGCGCAACCCGGACGCGUUCCCGAGCCCCGGCGGUUAUUUGCCCGGCGAGGCUGAGGUACUCGCAAGCAUGGGGUGGUCGCCGGAGCAUCGAGAGGUGCCUGAUGCGGAGGACGACGUCGCUUGGCAGAUCCGCAAAGUUACGGAGGACCUGCGAGAAGCGACGAAUAGGGCUGCCAAGUCCUGGGACAGCUGGUCCAAGAAGUACAUGAAGAACCCGAAGAAGGCCACCGAUGAAGAGGACUUGGACAACAGUGACGACAGCGAGGAAGAAGACUGGAAGCCUGAGUUGCCUAAGAGGCCACCUGUACAGUAUAGGUGA